AUGGAAUUUCGCGAGCGAUUGUGCACUCCGGCCGAACCGACCUCAAUACUUGGCGAAGGUGAUGCGAAACUUGCAGGCGAUUCGAAUAUUCGCACAGAUGGAGUAACCAUGCCGUGUAGGAUCUGUGGUGACCAUCUACGCAUUCCUCCUUCCAGUGUCACAAUGUCUUUCACAACGGCUGGAGUUAUCUAUAAUGAAUCAAGUCAGCAUGGGAUACGAAUCGAAGACGAUCAAUAUAAGUCAUCUUCUUUGGCUUCUAAAAAGGUAAAGAACAAAUGUUUUGUGAUUGAACAGAAAGGUUAUAAAGUUAUUAAUAGACCUCUUUUACAACACCUAUUUAUGGCCACAGGAUAG